AUGAAAGCAAGAAGAAGCGGCGACUUGUUAUGGAAAUUAAAGGCUAAGACAAAGUCCUUAUCAGAGACAAACACAAAGAACCGAUUGAGCCAGGGAGAUGGAAAGGGAUACGCGACUCAAAACGAUGGGCCGAAAACGAUCGAAGCCCGAGAGCGAGCUAUGACAAUCGCUAAUAAUAGUGUGCCACCGCAUUAUGAGGUCGUGUUGAGGGACACGCACACGAACAAAAAGACCAAGCUUGUUCAAGAUAAGGUGGUUGAUGAGAUCCUCGCUGUGAUUGAGGAAGCACGCCAGAUACAGCUAACUCAUCUAUCUCAAGCUGGGUCAAACGCAGAAAACUUACCCCGCGCGAAAUGA